CCAAUCGCAAUUCGCACCACCUCGCGUCAUAGGUUGCGCGAUAGAACGUCCGUCUACGGGCAGCAGAAGCUGUCAAAUCGGUCAAUAGUAAACACAGAAGCGCGUUUGGAAAUGUUUUAGCGUUUACGAUGUUAUCUUAUUUGACCAGGACCACAAGUCUUCACCGUGCCCUUCGUUUAGGGACAUGUAUGGGCAUAAAGCGGAUGCAGCCGGUGUGUGGGGAUGAAAGAAGGUAUGCAGGCACAUCUGAAGAAAAUAGAAGAAUUCCCAAGAUAUACACAAAAACUGGAGAUAAAGGUUUUUCCAGUACCUUCACAGGUGAGAGGAGACCAAAGGAGGAUCAUAUAUUUGAUGCUUUGGGAACAACAGAUGAAUUAUCAUCAGCAAUUGGGUUAGCAAGAGAAUUUUGCAUUGACAGUGGCCAUUCAUUCACAGAUCAGCUGGAGAAGAUCCAGUGUGUACUACAGGACGUAGGAUCAAAUAUUGCCACUCCACGGUCAUCAGCUAGAGACAGUCACAUCCAGAAGACAAAGUUCAGCUCUCGAGCUGUGAUUGAGCUGGAGAGGUGGAUUGAUUCGUUUACAGAGGAGCUGCCUCCACUCACCAACUUCAUACUUCCUUCAGGAGGGAAAAGCAGCGCAGCUUUACAUGUGGCCAGAACAGUGUGUCGACGGGCUGAACGCUGCGUUGCCCCUGUUGUUCGUUCGGGUGAGACAGAUCCUGAAGUUGCCAGAUAUCUGAACAGAUUGAGUGACUACUUGUUCACGGUGGCUAGAUAUGCUGCAAUGAAAGAGGGCAAUGCAGAAACAGUCUACAAAAGACCUGAAUAGGGGAGGAAGAAAACAUCUCAGUGUCUCAUCUAGAAUUUCAACCAUGUUCCUCUUGUUUCCAUUAUAUAUAUCUGAAUACAAAAACACUGGUCAGGCUUUUUACACAGAACAAUGUAUAAAGUUUUUGAGAAGCCUAACAAUAAAAAUUUAGGGAACAUUUUAA